UCAGACACCAGAAAAUGCAAAGCGACCGCUGAAGACGCUCGCUCGCUCGCUCACUCUAAGCUGUGUGUGUACAAGAGCAAUGUCUCAAGCAGUGGGCAUCAUUUCUAAGAACGUUCCAGGUCUUGGCUUUGUUACAGGUUAUGGAGUGGUAGAUGGCCGAUGUCUCCCAUGUUCCGGCGUUUCUGGAAGAGCAGCCACUAUAUCGCCUUCUUCUUCUCGUUUUGACUGUAGAUUACAUUCACAGGUCAAGAUCAGAUCACUUAAAUGUGCUUCCAAGGGAGCAGCUUUUGUCUGCAAAGCAAGUUCUAGUGGUCAUAGGAGAAACCCAGACUUCUCAAGACAAAACAGGCACAGUUAUUCUAGAAACAGGAACAGGCAAAAUGAAGAGAGAGAGAGCUUUGAUAACCUCAAUGAAUCCGAUAUGUUAUCUUCGAAAAAUGGUCCAUUGCUCUCCCUCUCCAGUGCCCCGAAAUUUUAUGCAACUUCAGCCCCUGGACCUAGGGAGAAGGAAAUUGUCGAGCUAUUCAGAAAGGUCCAGGCUCAGCUUCGGGAGAGAGCUGCAAGCAAAGAAGAAAAGAAGACCGAAGCCUUGCAAGGGCAGGGAAAAGAGAGUGAAACUGUGGAUUCCCUCCUUAAGUUACUGCGGAAACACUCAGUUGAGCAAAACAAGAGAAGCAGCAGGAGCAACAGCAGCAACAAAAACUUCUCUUUGGAGCAGCCAGUACAGAAUGACCCAUACAAUGAAGGAAAAAGUACAAGCUACAAUGAAGGAAAAAGUACAAGUUACAAUGAAGGAAAAGGUACAGGCUACAAUGAAGGAAAGAGUACAAGCUUCUAUAAUUCAAAUAGCAGUUUGAAGAGUGAUGCCCAAGAACCUGAUGCUUCUUUAUUAAGUAGGCCUUUGUCAAAUUUCCGACGCAAGUCUCCUGUCCCUCGUGUGAAAUACCAGCCCAUUUAUUCUGGUGAGGACCCUAUCAACAGCAUGCCACAUGUGAAUUCAAGUGAGAAGAGAGAGGAGAAUCAGGUUGAGAGUGAUCUAAAAGCUGAACAAGAGUUGGAGCCAGACUUAGAGGCAGAGCCAAUGUCAGAGCCAGAGUUGGAGCUUGAACCUGAGCCCGAGCCCAAGGUCACCUUUCCAGAUGGUGGGUUUGCUAAGUUGUCAGAAGGUGAGACUUCAGAUACUGAUGAACCUUGUAAUGAUAAGAAAGGAGGUAUGCAACUGACGAGUGAACACGGGGAUUUGAGUGCAUUGAAGCUGCCCGAAUUGAGGGCACUUGCCAAGUCUCGUGGAGUAAAAGGGUAUUCAAAGAUGAAGAAGAGUGAGCUUGUGGAGUUGCUAACUGGGAGUUUUGUAUGAUCCGUGAUGCAUGAGAGAAGCAAAAGGGAGAGACCACUUCUACAUUCUUAGAUUGUUUUGAUAUUGUACUCAUCUGAUCACUUUGUUUUGUACUUCUUCACUUCAAACCCUCCUAGGCCUCUUAAGGACUUUGUGCUAGUUGUGAAGCUACCGUUUCUCCAUUUCUUAGGUCUUUUUGGAUCAGUUAUUGGUGUUGAUUUUGAGAUUGUUGUUUUUCUUUUCA